AUUUAAACAAAUUCCAUUGUUUUCUGUUUGUGUUUCAGGGACCACGCAUCCCUCAGCUGCACCUUUCGGACACCCUCCACAUCACCCUAGCAAUUUUCUUACCCCAGCACCCCACUUAGAGCCCUUCAACAGACCGUCUUCAUUUGGAAGUCUGGCCUCAUUAAGCACUGCAGCCUUUGGUGGGCUGGGAAACCCAGCAUUCGCACCCAACUCUGUAUUUGGCCACAAAGAUGCACACAGUGCACAACAGCACUUCAGCGGACCCCACGAGCCAUGGAACAGACUCCACCGGACUCCGCCGUCCUUCCCCACCCCACCUCCCUGGCUCAAACCUGGAGACCCUGAACGCAGCGCGUCGGUCAGCUCCCACGAGAGAGAACGAGAACGAGAAAGGGACAGAGAGAGAGAACGAGACCUGGACAAGAGGGAUUCAUCAGUCAACAAGGAUGAUAAAGAGCGGGAACCUGCGGAAAAGCGGCACCAGAAUCACCCAUCCCCGAUUCCUGUUAACCCCCUCACUCUGAUGAGUCACACCCGGUCGUCUGAGCCCUCCCGGAACCACAUCCCUUCUAGUGAGUCUCGGGACAAGGACAAGCCCAAAGAUCGCGAGAGAGAACGAGAGCACUCGGACUGGAAAGACUCCAAUACGGAUGAGCACAAGGUGAAGGAGAAUCACCACAGUGACAAGGACACUCCCGUCAUCCAUGAUGGCCGGGUUUCUGAAGACAAGUUGGCUAAUCGGGUUACAGCAUCACCCUACAUGCGGCCAGGUGGCAUAGAUCGGGUGAACGGAGGGCUGACUCGAGAUGUUCUGGAGAAGAAGGCCGAUAUCACCUAUGAGAAGAAAAACAGUGAGAUAAAGGUGAAAGAAGAGAGGAAAGAGGAGCAGGAUGGUCCCACGGAAAGAUCCCCGGAACAAAGAUCCACACCGCAAGCACCUCCUCCUCCUCCUCCUCCUCCUCCUCCUCCUCCUCCUGCUGUUCUCCACCCUCCGUCUUCAAUGCCGGUACCCAUGGGCAUGGCCAGUAUGCAUCCCAUAAACAGUAUCAGUAGUCUGGAGAGGACUCGUAUGGUGCCCCCCUUCAUGGGUAUCAGUCCCAUCCCAGGGGCAGAGAGGUUCCCCUAUCCCGCCUUUCACUGGGAUCCCAUGAGGGACCCUUACCGGGGACUUGAUAUCCACCGGAGGGAUCCGUUAGCUCGGGAUCUGCUACUGCGGAAUGACCCUCUGCACCGUUUAGCAGCACCGCGGCUUUACGAAGCAGAACGCUCGUACCGGGACCGUGAGCCUCAUGACUUUAACCGAGACCACCCUCACGGGCUGGCCUUGGAACAGCGGCGGGAACAUGAGCGGGCGCACCUAGAGGAGCGGGAACGUCUGCAUUUGCUCCGAGAAGACUACGAGCAGGGGCGUCUGCACCCGAUGCAUCACCCCGCUUUAGAUGGACACCUCCCUCACCCGGGUCUCAUGGCCCCUGGAUUUCCCAGCAUGCACUUCCCCCGUGUUAGCCCCUCCUCUGCCGUGGCUGCCCAGAAUGGAAUCCUCAACAAAACCCCUCCCACUGCAUCACUCAGUGCCCCGCCCCCUCUUAUCCCAACCCUGGGAGCACGUUCCACGUCUCCCAGACGGACUACCCCACUCGGCACUGACAUUAGAGACAGACCCCCCUCACACACACACAAAGACAUCGAGGCGCGGUGAGACCCCGAUGGACUGUAAUGGAACUCAAAAGCAAGCACUUGCGGCUAUAUCAUAUGUGUAUAGAUUGUGCAUUACUGAUUGUUUUAUUUGUGUUGAGUUUUGUUUUUGUACAAAAGACUGAGAUUUAUCAUGCUCUUUUAUCCUGUUCACUCCUGCGUUGAUGUGUAUUCUUAAGCAUGUACAGUACACUGAUCUCGAGCAAGUGGACAAGCGCUAGAUCUCCAACAUGGAAAGAUGAUCUUGGAAUGUACAGGUACCUCAAUACAUUGCAAAAAGGCAGAACUUGUAGAUAUGUGUAAAGUUGGUGUGUUUCUGUCCUUGAGGGAAAAAAAUUUAAGGUACAAAUAUGCAAAUGGGUGUUAUGAAAGCUUUACUUUGAAAUGCUGUAUAUAGUGGGCAGUGAUCAAAAGGAGAGCGAGCGCACAGGCUCUGGUUUUAGUUUAAUGCUGCAUAUUAAUGUUUUGGAAGGAUCAUAUUGUCCAAGAGACCACAUCCCUUCUUUCAACUAUGCAACUCUUGCGUGGGCUCUCUCUAUCUGUAUCAUUUUUCUCUCCUCUAGAGGACAAACAGUCUCUACUGAACCCUCUCUUUCUCCUGGUGGAGCAACAGUACAUGCUCACAUUACUCAGAUUGUGAUGGUUCCGAAGGGGAUUUUCUGCAAUGAGUUUUACUCACACAUCUGACACACAUGUUCCCUAACUUUUGAUCCAGAAACAUGCUUUUGUUCUUCAAGCUAUAAAGAUCUGUGUUGACAAUCCUUACAAAUACACCAAUGUUCGAAAUUCUCUGAGUUAAUUACCUCUAAAUCAAAAGUGUGGCAAUUUGCAAAAAUUACACCACAUCCCAUCAUGUCACGAGACAGAAAGCAGGACAAUUCUCUGUUGGUCUAGUUGUGUAUUAAAGUGAGUUGUAAGCUAUGACAGUUUGUUUUUAUUGAGCAGAGAUCUAUUUUAGUAGUCCAUGGGAGGGAUAGUUGUGCGCUUUUGAAUUCAGAUGUGCAGUGGGUUUUUUUUUUCCCUUUAAUUUUCCUCUACUUUUUUGUUUGUUUGUUUUAAAUCAAACAUUAAAAUGUCCACUGAAGCAGUAGUGGGUAGUCAAUACGUAUUGCAAAGAGAUUGUAAGAAACUUUUUUUGCUGUUUAUGUACGUAAAAAAUUAAGUCCUUUCUAGAUCAUGUACAAAAAAAAAGGGUGAGGCGACCGCAUGCUCCUCAGUUAAACUUGUGUUAUGUAAAUUGUGCCACGUUAUUAAAAAAUGUGAACUAAUCCUGU